UCCCAAAGUGGUCUCUCAGACGGACAGACACAAAUACUACAAAAUAAAGACACACAGUCACACAGUACCCAACACAGUCCCCAUUUCAUCAUCCUUCUUCACUCUCUACUCCUUACUGUUUCAGGCUUUCGGCUCCAGAGAAAAGAGAAGAAGAAGAAGAAAAAUAAUACUUAAUAAUCAUUAGCAUUAACGAAGAAGAGAACCUGGGAAUCCCAGAAAGAGCAGGAGUUAUAGGAACGGCAGCAUUGGAAUUUCAGAAGCUCAGAUCUUUUUAAGAAAGAGAGAGAUUGAGAUUUCGAGCGAAGAAAAGACUGAAAGAUUAGGUAAUGGAGAGAACCACACCGGUUAGGAAGCCUCACACUUCUACAGCAGAUCUGCUCACUUGGUCGGAAAAUCCGCCGGAAAAUUCUGCGGAACUGGGCUCCGCUUCCUCCGCUGCUCGGUCCUCCGCCCGCUCCCACCAGCCGUCAGAUGGAAUCAGAAAGGUUGUGUUUGGAGGGCAGGUGACGGAUGAAGAAGUUGAAAGCUUGAAUAAACGGAAACCAUGCUCAGACUAUAAGUUAAAGGAAAUUACAGGUAGCGGUAUUUUUAAGCCAGGUGGUGAGAAUGAUAUCCUUGAAUCUGAUAGUGCUGACCCAAGUGCUGCUAAUAAAACUGGUUUACGCAUGUACCAGCAAGCGGUUGCUGGAAUCAGUCAAAUUUCCUUUGGUGAUGAAGAAACUGUCACUCCAAAGAAGCCUACUACUCUGCCUGAAGUGGCAAAGCAGCGGGAGCUAAGUGGAAACCUGGAAAGUGAAUCUGAGGCACAGCUGAAGAAGCAAAUUUCAAAUGCAAAGUCGAAGGAGCUUAGUGGCCAUGACAUCUUUGCUCCCCCUCCUGAAAUUCAACCUCGACCAUUGGCUGCUCGUGCACCAGCUCUAAGAGAAAGCAUUACCAUUGGAGAAACUGCUGCACGCAAUGCCACUGGAAAUGCAGGCGAUGAGGUAUCUAAUGAAGAAACAAUGCUUAAAACAGCAAAAAAGAUUCCAGAGAAGAAAUUUGUAGAGCUGUCUGGAAACAACAUUUUCAAGGGAGAUGCACCUCCGUCAUCUGCCGAGAAGCCACUGAGUUCUGCGAAGUUGCGAGAGAUGAGCGGGAGCAACAUUUUUGCCGAUGGAAAGGUAGAAUCUCGAGAUUACUUUGGCGGGGUUCGCAAGCCCCCGGGUGGUGAGAGCAGCAUCGCUCUGGUGUAAUGUUAUUAGGUCUGACUCCAUUAAAUUACAUUAUUAUUUGUGUCUUCGUCUCUCCUCUCCUAGUGGAGAUUCGUCCUCAAACGGAAGACUUUGUGUUCUGGCUUUUGGUGUGGCUCAGGUUAACAUGUGCUCCAUAGUUAUAGACGAUUUGCUAAUUGGGUUAUAUGUCCAUAAUCUUGUUUUCAUGCUAUUUGUGUCGAUGAAUGGUUUUGCUUGCUUUAAUAUAUUGAUGUUUUACCA